GGCCAAGUGAGCACCCCCUGUUUAAUUAAUUAAAUUCUACUACGGGGGACGCUCAUAGUAUUCCAUCUUACCGCAUCGCAAAACUCCUUCGCCUUCCGAUCAAUCAACGCGAAAUAGGCACGACGACGGCUGUCUGGACUUGACUGCUACCACGCUCCUUUCAAUUUCGUCAACGGCAAUUGGCCCGCUCACCCGAUUUCAAAGCCUACGGAGCAUUUUCGAGUGCUGAGAAACUUUUCCCCCCCGUGCUCUUGAAUUCAACGAUUCAACGGGCAUCCAACAUUUCUGCACGUAACCCUUCAGGGACAUUGGAUUCGCGAAGCCGAUCUCGAAAUCCUGAGAACGCUCCGAUAGUCAAUUAGUUGGCCUUCGUAGCGUUCGCCUCGGCUUCUAUUCAUCAUGCCUCGAACAAGGAGCAAGUCGAACCUUGGUGCUGACAUUAGAGGCGACACCAGUGCACCAGCUAUGUCCACUAUGGCAGUAGACAGUGCUCCCAAGGUUGAUACGUCAGAGCCUACUCCAGCUGGAAAAACCGGGAAACAACAUCAUCACAAGCGACGGAAGUCACGGUCGAUCCUUCGACGAUGGAAGGAACUCGCGCUGAAACAUACAUGGCUUAUGCCUUUGGUCAUUCUAAGCAUCCUGCUUUCCGCCUAUGCCGUAAACCCAAGCGAAGCGAAUCCCCUCCACAGCGCCAUUUUUCUCUCCUACCCGCGCGAUCCAAAAUAUCCUGGUGAGCCUGUGAUGUAUGGUAAAGGAAAGAAGGACUUCGCUUUCGUCGCCUUUUACACCGUGGUACUUUCUUUUACCCGCGAGUUUCUCAUGCAGCGCUUGAUCCGCCCAAUGGCGAUCUACUGCGGAAUUCGUGGCAAGGGUAAAGUCGCUCGUUUUAUGGAGCAGGUCUACACUGCUAUCUACUUUGCAAUUUUCGGCCCAUUCGGCCUGUGGGUUAUGAACCGAUCGAACAUCUGGUAUUUCAACACGACCGCCAUGUUCGAAGGGUUCCCACACCGAGAGCAUACCGCUGAAUUCAAGGCAUAUUACCUACUUCAGGCCGCCUACUGGUUUCAACAGGCCAUUGUCCUUUUACUGCAGUUGGAAAAACCUAGGAAAGAUUUCAAGGAGCUUGUCGGCCACCAUAUCAUCACCCUCGCUCUGAUUUUCCUAAGCUAUCGCUUUCACUUUACCUAUAUGGGAUUGGCUGUCUAUAUAACCCAUGAUAUCUCUGACUUCUUUCUUGCGACAUCCAAAACGUUCAACUACCUGGACUCCCCCAUUAUCGGUCCCUAUUUUGCCCUUUUUGUGACUGUAUGGAUCUAUCUCCGACAUUUCCUCAACCUUAAGAUCUUAUGGGCUACUCUCACCGAGUUCCGCACUGUAGGGCCUUAUGAGCUGAACUGGGAGACGCAACAAUACAAGUGUUGGAUCAGUCAAGUCAUUACAUUUUCGCUACUGGCCAGUCUUCAGGCAGUCAAUCUCUUCUGGCUCUACUUGAUCUUGCGUAUCGCGAAGAAUUACGUAUUCAAUAAUGAUCGUCAGGAUGAGAGAAGUGAUAAUGAAGACGAAGACGAAGACGAAGAUGAAGAUGAAGAUUUUAGCGUUGAAACAGCGAAUGGCCCUACCGCUUUGCCGAGCGCUGAAGAGAAAGUAAGGCGAAGGGCUGUGGGCAAGGACAAUGCCGCUCCUCAGGUUCUCAUCAAUGGGGAACCGGUGGACAAGCAUGUUGUCAAUGGAAAGAAGCAUUAACCAUGAGCUUCGCGCCGCUUGAAAGCCGACAAAGGAUAAUGAUAUUACAGAUUCAUCGAUCGACCCGGUUAGCAAAAU